AAGCUUUUAUACUGUGCAAACGGCUCUUGUGAGUCAACAACAACACAAAAUCAUGGUUUAAACAUAAACAGGAAAUUAUUCUUUUAACAGCAACAGAAAAAUCCAGAAACAAUUGAUGAAAAACUAGUGUAAUGAGCAGUGUAAGAUGUGCAUUGGCGGCUGGAAGGUUGUUGCUACCAAAAACCAGUGAUAACAAGGUUCAUAAAAGUACAGCCGCAUGGUACCGGCUUCUCCGCGGUAACUAUGGCAACCGUCAUUUCCGCACCAUCACAUCAGCUGUCUCCUAUUCGGAGGAGUUGGGCCGAGGAGGAGGACAAUCCAACCCCCCUCCACCUCCACCCCCUUCCUCUUCAACCCCACCUCCUCCGCCCACGAGUGGCGGAGAAGGGGGUGUUGGUGAAGGAGGUAGUAAAACAGGUGGUGGGGGAAAGGACGGGCUGAUCUGUCCCAAGUGCGGAGAGCCGUGUACCCAUGUUGAGACGUUUGUUACAUCAUCAAGGUUCGUGAAAUGUGAGAAGUGUCACCAUUUCUUUGUGGUUCUUUCUGAACUUGACACAAAACGAAGUCUGAAAGACCAUGGAAGAGAGGAACACAAGGGGGGACAUAUACGCAAACCACCCCCGCCUCCGAAAAAGAUCUACGAAUACCUGAACAAACACGUUGUGGGCCAAGAGCAUGCCAAGAAAGUGCUGGCUGUGGCAGUUUACAACCACUACAAGCGCAUCUACAACAAUCUGCCUCCCUCCUCCUCCUCCUCCACCGCCUCCUCCUCAGCAGCUGCCGUCAUGGACCAAGGUCAUCAUCAUCAUCAUCAUCAUUACACGUCAUUCACUCCGCGGGAUCUACUACACAUUAGCGGCGUUGGUCUACAAGGCAGUUCCAGCAACCAACCUGGUGGAAGCAACUUGGGAUUAGGGUUCCACAGUCCUUCUCCUCAAUCCUCUCCCUCCUCCUCAGGACCCUCCUCGUCAGCUGUGUCAGGCAGUGAUAUAUUGGACAGCAACACACAUGACCUGCAUCUGGAGAAGAGUAACAUAUUACUGCUAGGACCUACUGGCUCAGGCAAGACAUUGCUGGCGCAAACAAUAGCCAAAUGCCUGGAGGUGCCGUUUGCUAUCUGUGAUUGUACCACACUAACUCAGGCUGGAUAUGUCGGCGAGGACAUCGAAAGUGUCAUUGCCAAACUCCUGCAAGAUGCUAACUACAGUGUGGACAGGGCUCAGACAGGUAUCGUGUUCUUGGACGAAGUUGAUAAGAUAGGAGCUGUGCCUGGUAUUCAUCAGCUUAGGGAUGUUGGAGGGGAGGGGGUACAGCAGGGCAUGCUCAAGAUGUUGGAAGGUACCAUAGUGAAUGUACCGGAGAGAAAUUCGCCGAGGAAACUGAGGGGUGAAACUGUACAGGUGGACACGACCAACAUUUUGUUUGUGGCCUCCGGUGCUUAUAAUGGAUUGGACAGACUGAUCAGUCGACGCAAAAACGAAAAGUACCUGGGCUUCGGUGCCCCGACGGCCGAAUCGGAAGGGCGACGCGCCGCCUCUCUUGCCGAUCUGGCCAAUCAGAGUGCGGCUGUCACCGCCGAGGAAGACAACCGAGAAAAGGACGCCUUCCUGCGUCAGGUCGAGGCCAGGGAUCUCAUUGAUUUCGGCAUGAUUCCGGAAUUCGUCGGCCGGUUUCCGGUGCUGGUUCCGUUCCACUCGUUGAACCAGGAGCUGUUGGUUCGCAUCCUCACUGAGCCGAAGAACGCAAUGGUGCUGCAGUUCCAGAUUCUGUUCCGCAUGGACAAGGUGGACCUGACCUUCACUCCGGCCGCGCUCAACGCAAUCGCUGCACAGGCCAUGGAACGCAAAACCGGUGCUAGGGGCCUCAGGGCUAUUAUGGAAAAACUACUUCUUGAACCGAUGUUCGAGAUUCCAGGUUCAGACAUAGUUAGCGUCCAUAUAACUGAGGAGGUGGUCGGUGGGAAAGAAAGUCCCAUCUAUAUUAGGGGAAAACCUCUAGAAGAAGGCGAAAAAAUGGAAAUGAGAGCCAAGUGAUAAAAAAAUAAUUUACAAAUAUAAAACAAUAGAAUAAAACAAUUUUAUUUCAUUCGCAGAUUAUAAUCUACAGAAAAACAAGAAUAGGAUAAAACUAUUUUAUCUCGACCUCUCGAAACAUGAUGUAAUCUACAGAAAUAAAACAAUUUUAUUACAUUCACCUACAAUAUUAAUAUUGUAACAAUUGCAAUAAUAAAUUAUAUACAUACUGA